GCCAACUUUUCCUGUGAUGAUUUCCAGCCUGGCGCCGUCCAACUUCCCAUUCAGAUGGCGACGAACGAAGUGGAAGAGCUCCGCAAGCAACUGGAGUCCCUCCACCGCUCCCACGACACACUGCUGAAGACAUUAUCCUUAUCGAAUGGAUCCUUCGGCCCCGCGGAAGAUCCGAACCCGAACUUCCGCCGAGCAUCAACUCGGGAUGAUCGAGGCGUCAAUGCUGUUUUCGCCGACUCUUCCACACUCUCCGAUGACAGCGAUGAAGAAGAUGGGUCAUACUUCGUCCAGGACCAAUUACCGUCGCAGUCCUUUGACCACGAACACCUGCGUGAGCACCUGAAAAAGUAUGACUUCGAAGAGCAUGGACGGCAGAUACUAGCGCCUGUGAUUACGGAUCCUGCGAAACUUACGAAACAGCCUCACCUCUUCCACUUGGAUCCUGGGCCUGCUGAUGACAGAAGCCAUUACUCUCAUUUCCAGGUCUACGACGUUGGACCUGAUGGGCUUGCGCAAUUGGUUGAGACAAGCGGUGGUCCCCAAAACGAGAUGUCUAGGGCCACAGAGAUCUGGCACUCUAUAAGAGAUAUCGGCAAAAGCACUGACGGGACGGUCGUUGGGCGCAUCACGAUUGCACGCGAACCAUCGCCGAUCCUAUUUGGUGCUUUACACCUCACAAUGCACCAGACAUUCGAUGUGGAUGAACUGUUUAAACACCUGGUUCAAACCGAGGCAUCAUCCGCUCACAUGCAUCGCGCAUUCCACGAGGACCGGAAGCACCAGAAAACCUUCUUCUUCAACUUCGAGUACUACACUAUUAUCGGCGAUGAAUGCAAACCUAUGGAAUGGCAGCGGGCGGAUAAAGAUGGACGUUCUGAUGAAAACCAUAUCCCAAUGUCGCGUUGCAGUGCAGUUGUCGCUUUGGCCCUUUAUGAUGACAAACCACGGCGUCUCCGGAAUCGGCAUAGGCGAGCGCGGACAAAGUACGGCUGGGUGCAAGAUAUUUGGUCUCCGUGGCAGGUCCUUCAAAUUGAAUGUUUCCCCGAUUGGAAAGCCACCCCGGAUACAUUCGAAUCAGGUCACCGCUAUCUCAAUGGUCCUGAAGCCUUCCUCUAUGCACUGCUCACCGAAUACAGAGAUGCUAGGAAGAGAUACGAUGAAAUUUACAAGAGGAUCACCAGGCUCAUAACGCCUCCACUGGGCUUCAUUUUCGACAAGGAGCUCCGCGAUCAGAGGCUUUUCGAGGACGCGGCCUUCACUUGGACACGACGCUAUUUCUAUGCACAUCAGACGCUCGGUAACGUCAACGAUAGCAUAAAAGCGAUGAUUGACGCAUUUGAAGACUGUUUUACCGACGAAGUCUGGGAAGGCAAGAGUAAGACCCUGUGGCCUCUAUUUGAGGAGUCGCCGCGGAACGAUCAUUGGAAGAGGCGACUACGACACCUCCGAUUGGAGUUUGAACGAGAGAUGAAAGAGUUGAGGAUUCUCCAGCGCGAAAAUAACGAACGGCGGCAUGAGAUCAAGUCCCUGCAAGAUCAUUUGUUCUCGGGGACUAGUAUUCAGGAAUCUCGGAAGUCAGUCGAGCUCUCGGACAUCACUGUGCAGCAGGGACGAAACAUCAAGCUUCUGACCAUUGUAAACUUGUUCUUUAUGCCGCUCACUUUCGUCACCUCUGUCUUCGGAAUGACCAACAUGCCCGCCGACCCCACGCCAUGGUGGCCCUUUGGCAUAACCCUUGCCGCCGUAUGCAUCCCCUGCUUCUCACUCAUUGGCUUCCUUUCCACAGACUUCGGCUACCGCAUCUGGGCUGCAAAGACCAAAGCCUUUUGGCGGUGGAUACGACCGAAGCCCAAACCGAAAUCGGUCGUCGAGAGUGACAUCGAUCCGAACCCUGUCAAUCGGACGCUGUCGACUGAAGAAGGAAUGCGGCUGCGGAUGGGGCAGCAAGGUAGAGAUGGGCAUAGAGAGAAGAGAAGGGAGAGGGAGAGGGAGAGGGAGAUGAGCCAUCCGAAUAUCAAGAAGAUGGUGGAGGCUAUGGGAGAAGGGAGGCAGAGUGGACUGGUGCGGCUGGGCACUAUGCAGGCCGUGCCGGAGAGUAAGGCGGAGUCGGUGAAGGGUGAGGAUGAGAGAACGAGUAAGGAUACUGUUAUUGAUGUCAAAGAUGCGUAGUAAGAACCCAGAAAUGAGAGAUUUGAGGCUUUACAUCGCGCUAGGGUACCCGUCCUUAUUUGGGUUUGCGGACCGCUAGAGCGACUUCCUCUAUUUAGACCUUCCA